AUGGGGCACGAUCACCCCCUGAGCGCCUGUUCAGACUUCUUCAAAGCACUCGAAGGUAUUUUCAGUGGCUUCGCUGGAUUGGAAUGCGUGCUGACAUAUCCCGCGAGCAGCUGUGGGGUGAGCCUCCUAAACGAGAAGAACAUCGAGAGAAUCGUCGGCGGCCAGCCGGCGGACCCCGGAGAAUAUCCCUGGCAGGUGUCUCUGCGUAAGGUGGGGCGUGACGGACGGACACGACACUUCUGCGGGGGAGCUCUCAUCAAUGAUCAGUGGGUAGCCACGGCAGCCCACUGCGUGGUCACGCAGCUGGGCGGCGUGGUGGAACCCGCGAGCACCAUCAAAGUCCGCGUGGGCGAGCACGACCAAAACUCACUAGAGGGCGAGGAGAUCCAGGUGAACGCCAAGCAGAUCUUCAAGUACCACGGCUACCAGGGCUACAACAACGACAUCGCGCUCAUCAAGAUGGCCAAACGGGUGCGACUCAGCGGCCGCGUCCAACCCAUCUGCCUCCCGGCCCCUGGCGAGAUCUUCGAAGGCAUGAACUGCGUCUCCUCCGGAUGGGGAGCCACAACGUCGGGAGGUGGCGCCCCAUCAUCUGUGCUCCGGGAAGUCAGCGUGCCGGUGUAUAACAACAACGUCUGCCUGGGGCCGUACGCGCGGAAGUUCCGCAUCAACAUCAGGAACUGGCACCUGUGCGCUGGUGCUCUCGAAGGAGGCAGGGGCUCUUGCUACGGCGACUCCGGAGGUCCCUUCCAGUGCAAGCGCAAGGAUGGGAACUGGGCCCUCGCAGGUCUGGUGUCCUUUGGAUCCGGCUGCGCCCACCGAGACUACCCGGACGUGUACACAAGGGUCACCGAGUUCCUCUCCUGGAUCAGCACCACCAUGAACAGCGCGGGCUGA